AUGCCAUUCAUACUGCGGUGCGGGAUGAGGAGAGGGGCCCCAGAACCGGCCAUGUGGAGGACGUGCAGCCUGUUUUGCGCAUGGUGUCUGCUGUUCUUAUCUCAAAGCUGUGCGCAGUCUCAACGGAGGCCCAGCUUCACGUGUGGAGGGAAUAUCACGGGAGACUCUGGAGUCAUUGGAAGUCAGGGAUACCCAGGAGUUUACCCACCCAAUACCAAAUGCGUUUGGAGAAUUACAGUGCCUGAGGGGAAGGUUGUGGUCCUGUCCUUCCGCUCCAUCGACUUGGAGAAUGACAACCUGUGCCGUUACGACUACGUGGAUGUGUACGGCGGACAUGUGAGCGGGCAGAGGCUGGGCCGCUUCUGUGGCACUUUCAAACCCGGAGCUCUGGUUUCCACAGGCAACAAGAUGCUCGUGCAGAUGGUUUCGGAUGCCAACACUGCUGGGAGUGGCUUUCUGGCAGUUUUCUCUUCAGCGCAUCCACACGAGAGAGGUGACCAGUAUUGUGGAGGCCGAUUAGACAAACCAUCUGGCUCUUUCAAAACACCAAACUGGCCUGAGAAAGAUUACCCUGCUGGUGUUACCUGCUCUUGGCAUAUCAUUGCACCCAAAAACCAGAUCAUAGAAGUCAAGUUUGAAAAGUUUGACGUGGAACGGGACAACUACUGCCGCUACGACCACGUCUCCAUUUUCAACGGACCCGAAAUCAACGACGCCAGGAGGAUCGGCAAAUUCUGCGGAGACAGCCCCCCAGCACCCGUGUUCUCCGAGGGGAACCAGCUCCUGAUCCAGUUCCUGUCAGACCUCAGCCUCACCGCGGACGGCUUCAUUGGACAUUACAAGUUCAGGCCGAAGAAGUUCCCCACCACCACCGUCCCACCCACCACCACCACCCCGCCGGUCACCACCAGGCCUAUACCUCUCAAAUACUCCGUCGCCCUGUGUCAGCAGAAAUGCAAAAGACGGGGAACACUUGAAAGCAACUACUGCUCCAGCAAUUUCGUCAUCACAGGCACGGUGAUCACGGCGGUGGUGCGAGGUGGAAGCACAUUCGCCACCGUCUCCAUCAUCAACGUGUACAAAGAGGGGAACCUGGUCAUACAGCAGGCCGGCAAAACCAUGAGCACCAAGAUCAUAAUCCUGUGCAAGAAGUGCCCCUUUAUCAGACGAGGCUUGAACUACGUGUUUAUGGGCGAGGUGGACGAGGAGGGCCGAGGGAAGAUCGCGCCGCAACAUUUCGUCAUGCCCUACAAGUCCAAGAACCAGAAAGGACUGAACGGCCUCAAGAACAAGCGCUGCUGA